UAUAUACUGAUAGUUCAUGCGAAAGUGCUGCUACAAAUUCCUUAGAGUUCUAAGAUACUACUUCUGAAUUACUAGAACACCUUUUCUUUUUCUGUUUUGGAGGUCAAGUCAUGGUCUGCGUAAAGGAAGCUGUGUUUCUCUUCUUGAUGAUGGUAGUUUUUGGUUUCUUCAGCACAACGGUGAUUGGCAGCACAGUGUACAAUGUUGGUGAUUCUGCCGGUUGGACUGGAGGCCAUGUUGACUACCAUAUGUGGGCUUCUAGUAGGACUUUCCAGGUUGGUGACACUCUUGUACAAUCAACAACUCCACAACGUGAUACGAGUGAGCCUCUCCGAUUUCCAUUCGUGCAAUGCUUUUCAUCCAAUCGUUAGUUACUCCACCGGCAAUGACACCAUUACUAUCAACGGUCCCGGCCACUACUACUAUAUCUGCGGUUUCCAAGGCCAUUGUCUAGCCGGAUAGAAGGUCGAUAUUAGGGCCCCCAAGGCUAACCAUAUUCACAGCAGAAGUGCAACUAAAGCUCCGGUUAAAGCUUCUCAAAGGGAAAAAGAGAGAGACUUAACCAAAUAGCAAUGAUUAGUAGAACGAACAAAAGCCUCUUAAUAAAAUUUGUACUUGUGACAAUGUUCUGAAUUAUUCUCUCUUUUUGCUA